GGGCCGGGAGGCGGGGACGCUCGGGCGGGAGGCGGUGGCAGCCCCGCCAGCACAGGAAGUCGCCCAGCCGCGAGAGGAGGCAGGAGGCGGAGCUGUGCCGCUCGGCCCGAGGACUUGAUAUCUGUCUUCACGGAAGCUGUGAAGAUGUAAGCCUACUUCAGAUGCAAGCAGCUGAGUUCCUGAAUUCAGUUACUGAGUAUCUUCACAUUGAAUGAACAGGAUUUUGUCCAUAAAAACAGACAUCAGCAAAAGUAAUUUUUGGAUUGAAAACCAUGGGUAGAAAAGAUGCUUCUACAGCAAGAACUCCUGUUGACCAGUACAGGAAACAAAUAGGAAAACAAGAUUAUAAGAAAACCAGGCCUAUGUUAAGAGCUACAAGAUUAAAAGCAGAGGCCAAGAAAACUGCACUAGGCGUAAAGGAAGUUGCACUUGUCCUUGCAGCUAUACUGGUAUUUUUGUUGGCUUUCUAUGCUUUCUUUUAUCUUAACAUUUCCAAUGAAGUUGACCUUGAUCUGGAUCCAGAUGAAAACUAGCGGAUGCAAUGAAUCUAUCAUCAAGAUUUCUUCAGCUUCAACAAGACUACGUAGGAACACACAGUCCCUUCACUGUGAGACAGUAAACGAUACCAUUUCUUGCAGUCCAAAUUCAUAAGAAAGUUUUGCAAUCCGUCAGUCAGUCACUUUUACAUUCCAGAUCUCCAAAAUAAGAGAACACUCAUGCCCGGCAAGUGUAUUCAGUUAACAGGAAAGCCAGGAGCAUCCAUACAAUACAUGAAGUUUGUUGUUUACAUUAUUUGUUUUCUCAGGCAGAGAACUUUGAUGUCAAAAGACAGGUGCUAUUAUUAUCCUGGGUAUUGAUGCUGACUUCACAGGAGGAGAGUCUGCCUUGACUAAAUUUAGGAAUCAAAGCUUCCUAAUAGCCAAAUUAGUUUCCUUUUCCUUCCCAAAAGAAAGCAGAAAUGCCAAAUAAAAAGUCUUUUCUUGAUUUGUAUUUAAAAUAUAUCAAAAAUCCCCCUCAUCCUUUCCCUUUUAAUCUUUUUUUGUGCAUGUGUGCACACACGCACUUAUGAAGAUGGAAGAAAUUGUAGGGAAAAAAUAUCUUUCUAGAAGCAGUCUGUCACCUCCUAUAUGGACUUAAUUUUUAUGUCAUCCCAGAUUCUGUGUGCCUAUAUAUCUUCAGUAAUCUUUUUCAUUCUUUUGCCAACUGUUCAGCACACAUGUGUUCUGUCAGAAAUGGCACCUGGAUGACAGAAGCUCUAACAUUCACAUAUGCCUCUGAAAUACAGUUCUUUGCCUCCUGUGCUGUCUGAGCUAGUGUAAAUAGAAAGUUCAGUCGAUGUUGGUUUUAAUUAGUGUAUUGCUCUAUUAUUAAUAUAAAGUCAAAAUCAUAUAUUAA